AUGGCGAAGGAUACGGCGAAGAAGAACAUGCGGAGGAACGAGGCACGCAUGCGCACCUUCACAAUAUGCACCUGGGCUGUAAAUGUGCUUUCGCUUGCCUUCAUCAUGUACUACCGCGGUUCGCUUCCAUGGUUUUGGGAUGUUAUUGGCUUAGGCUUCUGGGCAGGGCAGGAGUUUGUGGCGCUCGCCUUACUGAAGCAGUUUGCGCAGCCUAGUUACAGCUUGACGGGCGAACUGCUGGAGUGUCCGGAUGCUUCUAACCCCAGUGAACUGGGUGUGUACUCCUUUGCACAGGACUUGCUGUGGGUGUGCUGGGUUGUGGGGCUCCUGUGCUGUCUGUUUCACUGGGCCUUUUUUCUCUUGUAUCUCCCCGUCCCCGCAAUGGCCGUGUACAAAGGCUGGGUUCUCAUUGGCCCACUACUACGGCAUCGUCAAGCCUCCUCCGAGGAGAACGCGGAGGGUGGGGCGAUGCUGCGGAAGCGGGCAGAGCGCCGCAGGGAAGAGCUCCUGCAACGCAAGAGGAAAAUUAAGUAG